GCCCCGCCGGCCAGUGCGGGCGCGCCUUGCGAGCAGCCAAUGGCAGGGGCGGCGCCGCUUGUUGUCGCCCCGUGAGGCGGCUGCGCCGUGGGCUCGGUGCCGCCGCCGCCGCCGCAGGAGGGACCCGGGAGGCCCCAGGCCCCGGUGCCCGCUCGCCCCUCGCCGCCCUCACCGGCCCCGCAGCCCCCGCGGAGGGCGGGGAGAUGCAGCCCCCGGGCGCUCAGCAGCCGCCGCUCUACGCGCCCAGCAGCGGGGACUUCACCUUCGUCUCCUCGGCGGACGCCGAAGAUCUGAGUGGCUCCAUAACAACUCCAGAUGUUAAGUUAAAUCUUGGAGGAGAAUUCAUCAAAGAAUCUACUGCGACUACAUUCCUAAGACAGAGAGGGUAUGGCUGGCUUCUGGAAGUGGAAGAUGAUGACCCAGAAGAUAACAAGCCACUCCUGGAAGAACUUGACAUUGAUCUGAAGGAUAUUUACUACAAAAUUCGAUGUGUGUUGAUGCCUAUGCCAUCUCUUGGGUUCAAUAGGCAGGUAGUGAGAGACAAUCCAGACUUUUGGGGUCCUCUGGCAGUUGUCCUCUUCUUCUCAAUGAUUUCGUUAUAUGGACAAUUUAAGGUUGUUUCUUGGAUUAUAACUAUUUGGAUAUUUGGAUCCUUGACAAUUUUUUUACUGGCCAGAGUUCUUGGAGGAGAAGUUGCUUAUGGCCAAGUUCUUGGUGUAAUAGGAUAUUCCCUACUUCCCCUCAUUGUCAUAGCACCUGUACUUUUGGUGGUUGGAUCAUUUGAAGUUGUUUCUACCCUAAUAAAACUGUUUGGAGUCUUUUGGGCUGCAUACAGUGCUGCAUCAUUACUAGUUGGAGAAGAAUUCAAGACCAAGAAACCCCUUCUAAUUUAUCCUAUCUUUUUAUUAUACAUUUAUUUUCUGUCCUUGUACACUGGGGUGUGAUCUAGUGUAAGAUGGGGCCAGAAACCAUAUUUUAGUCACUUGCAGACUGAUAAUGUGUAAGGUUGAGGAGGCUGGAGCUAAUACAAGUGACUGUUUUGUAUCCAGUUGUCAAGAUGUUUUAAGAUCGAAGAGCAUAUUUGUGUAUAUUAUUUAAUGAAGCAAUUGUAGCUAUAUAGAUUUGUAUCAAAGUUCUAGGUUUGUUUAAGACUCUUCAGAUUUUAAUGAACAAAAUAAAAGAACCUUGUGUUUUAUAAUAACGCGUAGCAAAACCACAACUCAAUACCUGUGCCAAAAGCACUGGGACCAUAUUACUAUAUUCAAGAAGAAAAAAUGAGAAGUUAACUGUAACAAUCUCAAAGUGCAAUUUUUCUUUUGAGCUUAAACACAGCUGGCUUUUUUUGGCACAGCAAAUUCUGUAGAUAAUAUAUAUUUAUGAAACAGUCCUGAUUGUUCACAGAAUAGUCUGUAUAAUCAAGACAAGAAGAUACUACUUUUAAUUUAGUGCCUCAAUUACUUUGAUUUGGCUGUUGAGUUUUUAUAAAUUCCAAUUUGUUUUCAAAACAUGUAUAUACUGUGUAUUUUGUAUCUAUUGUUGUGUGUACCGUAAAUACUCCUUGGUUAAGGAUGUAUAUUGGAUUUUUAAAAAUUGAAGAUACAAGUAUUUGAAGUCUUCAUUUACUAUCUCUGACCAAAGGAGCAAGAUAUUUACAGUGUGGCAUAAUUAAUUAAAAUGCAUAUUUAGAGAAUCAAAUUAUUUUACUUAAAAGUAUAAAUUUAUGGAGAAAUGGGUGAACACCUUUCUCAACUCUAGUGCUGGCUUAGUGUUGGAGAAAAAAGAUGAUCCAUCAAAUUUGUGUGAUCUUUAAACAAUGUUAUUUUAUGAUGACAAAAUAAAAAUAAUGCUUCCCUAA